AUGCUGACCCUUAUGGAGAUUUGCUGCUUGUGGGUCUUCAUCCGGGAGGACUUGCAAAAAUACCUGGGCCAGGGUCCUGCCUGGGACAAUGUCACCAGGAUGUGGCAGACGGGGAGCCUGGGAUCUGCACUGGCACUGGACCCCGAGCUGAACGCUCACUGCAAGGGCAUGACAGAGAACUUCGACUUCAAGAAGUUGAGUUUCGUGCUGGAAGCAAAGGGCGAGUUGAUCGACGCGGACCUUCGUGCGGCCCAAUCCACAACCCGGAAUGCCCUGAGGUCAAGCCUGCAAGCCGCGUUUUCCCUCUUCGUGGCUCAGCUGGAGAAUGACACGACGGAGCACCGGAAGUGGCUCCUGGCCAGUGCCGCCGAGGAGCAGAAGCAACGAGGAGAUGCACACCUCGGCAUGGAAGCUCGUCAACGAGCUGCUGGAGAAGCAGACGACGACACGGACCUCUCCGCCAAGCUCGCGGCGAUGCUGGAUCCCUGGGUUGCUGGUGCUUUCGAGGGGAUGCACGGCGGCCUGCGCCGGCCCGACCGGGAGCGGGUCAUCGUCUGGAUCAACCUCUGUGUCUUCGGGGUUGUCAGCGCUGGGCAGCAGACAUUUCUGCUGCAGUGGGUCACGAAGUUGCUCCACCAGCACGGCAAGAACUCGUGCGCGAUGGUGAUCUUGCCGAACCGGGCGGGGGAUCUCCGAUCGUACAAGUGGACCGAGAAGGCCGAGGACGACGACCCGGGCGUCAAAGACUGCAAAGCCGAGUCAGGAGACGAGUCCGCGGAGGAGAUCGGGGAGGACACGCCGGAGGGAGACUGCAACCUCCUCGUGGAGUUCUGCCACAAGCUCAAGCUGAAGUUCAUGGAGCACGAUCGGCACCUAAAGGUGAAGCAGACGAUGAUCAGCUUUGCCAACGACACGGUGUAUGGCUCUCGACAGGGCUUUCACGAGGCCCUGUUGAUUGUCCCCGCGAACAAAGGCAACGCCUUCCUGACCUCCAAGUUCUGGAAGACAGGUGUCAUUGCAGAUGUCAGCAUGCUGGCCAGACCCGACUUCGUGAAGUUGGACACCAGGGUCAAGAAGGACGAGGCCUUCGGCGCCGGCUCGGUUCGACUCACACGGGUCCAGGAGAUGAAGCAGGACACUGCCACGAUCCUGCUGGAUUUCAGUGGCUCUGACGCAUGGCCGGCCAGCCAGAUUCUCCGUCGGCUGACGAAAAGCCCCUGGCUCGCAACAGAGAGUUUUCAAGCAGGCGACAAGUACGCCGUUGCUACUGUCUGCCACUCGGCCAUGGAGGAGAAGCACUGCAAGACCAGUCUCGGGCACUAUGCCUUCUCCCUUGCCCGGCAAGGCAAGCUGAAGCUGACCGGCUUCCCGGACUUCGACAAGGCGACAGGUCAGCUCCGAGAGACGGCAACGGCAGCCACGGUGCCUAGUUACGCAGUCACCGUCGCAGUUGGCCGAUCGCUGGUUGUGAAGGAGGCGCUGAAGCAGCAUUGGCUGGCACAGUCCGACUUCGCAGGCCAAGCCCGAGAUUUGUUCGAGGCCUUCGACAAGGAGUUCAACCCGGAGAACUUGAAGAGAGGCGGUCAGACCUCGAGUGAGGAAAGCGCGGCGAAGAAGCCUCGUCUGAACUUGGAUCUCGAGAAAGCCGGCUCGGUGGAGGAGCUCCCAGGCGAGGAUGCGACCGCUUUGAAGUGCGGGGCUUUUACCUUGACCUGGACGACGGAUGAGGGCAAGAUGUUCAUCCACGCGGAUGAGCAAUGCACGGUCAAGGCUGGCACAGAGCUCUUUGGCUUUGGGAAUGGCGAGUUUGCCACCGACACUACGGCCACAGACGUGAUGUCGGACCAGAUGGGGAAGUGGAUCGCCUUCGACCUCGCUGGCACCGAUGUGUUUUUGGUGCUUGAGCCCGACACGAAGCUGCCCGACCAUCUGAAGGACCUUCCGGUCUUGGGCAAGGCCGCUCGGUUAAACAUAAUUUCUCUUUGUGCAGAUUUCUUCCGGCUGCCUUGCAGCAAGGUUACAGAUCUGCAGGCCAUCCUGCGUGCUUUGGAGGAUGCUGGCGAGGUGGAGGUCAACGUCGCCGGUCACAGCAAGGAUGAUGGCUUCGUGCUGAAGCCUACUUCCAAAGUCGUGUUCGUCCUGGAGGACAAGGCAAAGAAGUCCAAGAAGAAGAAGAAGAAGGGCCCGAAUGCUGUGUCCUGGGGCAGUUUGCUGACAAUGCCCAAGAUCCGUGGUCAGCGCAACAUCGCGAUUGGAUGGAGGUUGAGCAUGGAGGAAGGAUCUUCCGAGAGAGUUCUAUGCCCUGUCCGACCCAUAGCGGUCCUGAGCGGGGAUGUGACCUUGCAGUCUGGCAAGGCGAUGCUGCUGAUGUAG